GCGCAGUUGGUCGCGGACGACAGGUUGCUGAAGAAGCUGGAGGCGCAGGUGCGCGCUGCGGUCUGCGACCGGUGCGGCAGCGAGCUGAGGAUCUCCCCCAAGGACGUGUACCUGCAGCCAUCGCAUGGCGAGGACGGCUUCGCAAUGAAGGUGCAGAUAGAUCCGCCCGACGGUGUCAGCGUGGAGAGCGUUGCCAGCAAGUUCCAGGAUCCACAGGCCUCGACGAGGGCAUCUGCCAGGGCGCCUCGUCCAUCCGCGGCAUGGACAAGGUCAGCAGUGGCCCGCUGAGCCUGUCCAGCUGCAGCACGCCGCAGGUGGUGCGCGGCGCGGCUGCCAUGUACAGGAAAAGCCACAACACCGUGAAGCCAGGGGAGCAGGGGAAGCGCGACUACGUGUACCCACAGGCGGUGCACCAGCCGAACUUCCGCUUCGGGGGCGGCAAGGCCGACGCCGUGUCAGGCGCGGGCGCGAAGCUCGCCCUCAACAUGGCCGCGGCCGACGACGGCUCGGUGGCCCGGACGCGCCUGGCGCAGAAGGCCGCCGAGGACUACCGCCACGUGAAGCACCCGAAGCCCUUCCAGAAGAUGCACUACAUGCAGGGCCCGGGCGGACCGCCUGUGGCGCAGGACCACGUGUUCGGCGCCAAGUCGGGGGAGGACACCACCAGCGUGGAGGUCUGCAUCAAGGGCUGCUACAGCCUGCAGGAGCAGCUCCCCGACCAGGAUUUGGGCCGCUGCACCAAGCUCGGGAGGCGGAACGUCACCACGGAGACGCGCGCGUUCGGGGUGCCCUCGGUCCGCGCAGACAUCCCAGGGCCGAGCUCGAAGGGGAG